CACACCAUCCACAGACACAGCACACACACUGCGCACUUGAUGCCCGGCCAUGUGGAACCUGUUUGGCCAGUUUCGUAGAUUUUGUUUUCCAAGUCAUGAUUUUGAUUUGUGUUUCAUCUAAACCCUGUUCAUUCAUCUGCCAAUCUUUGCACACAACACAACAAUGUCUACGCCAAUGUCUAGUCCAAUGUUGAAGGAACAGCUGCUCACGCUGGAUAAUCCCGUCUUCUGUUGUUAUCUAUUUUGGGCCACUGUGCUGGUUGUGAAAAUGCUGCUAAUGUCGCUGCUAACGGCGCUGCAGCGUUUUCGCUACAAGCUGCUGGGCUUGCUGCCUUUGGGGCUGCGGCGCAAGAUAUUCCCCAACGAAGAGGAUCUGUUUUUCAAGAACAUCGAAGUGCAGUUCGACGAUCCACAUGUGGAACGCGUUCGCAGAGCCCAUCGCAAUGACAUGGAAAACAUUCUGCCAUAUUUCAUUAUGGGUUUGAUCUAUCUGAGCACCGAUCCCAAUCCCACGGUGGCCUGCAAUUUAUUCCGCGUUGCCGCCGUUGCACGCAUCCUUCAUACGCUCGUCUAUGCCGUGUAUCCAGUGCCGCAGCCAUCGCGCAUUUUGGCCUUUGCCACCAUGUUGCUGAUUACGUUCUACAUGGCCGCCGUUGUGGCCUUGCGUACGCUUAGCUUUAUUUAAUUAGAGUAUUAAAUAGUAAAAACAACAUACACACACACGCACGCACACGCACAUAGAUUUGGAUAGUUUAAGUAAAGGCGCGUUAAACAACAUGCCGACGACGUCACAGUUUUACCGGUUUCAUCAGGGUUGCACACACAUGUAUGUAAGCUAGGGCUGUAGUACAACUUACAAUAAAAUGCAGUAUACUAAAGUACGUUAUUGACGUCAUAGUUGCCACUGACAGUCAACUGCAGCGCAGUGCUGUCCUGACGUCACAAUAGCAAAGUUGAUCGGCAAAGCAGCAGUUAACGUCACAAUUGCACAGCGCUGACGUAGCAGUUGCCAAUUACACGGCUGCAGUCAAAUGCAAGCCUUACGUCACAGCCGCAAAGCGUUGUAUACCUUACAUAGUAAUCGCACCUUGACAAGAUUGUUAUACAUUAAUAAGUAAACAAAUAGAAUUGCGCUUUUUUGGUUCAACAAUUUUGGUUUCUAUUUUUCCUCUUCGUUUAAAUUAACUAAAAUUAGCUUGAGAUAGCAAAACAAAUAAAAAAACAUCGCGAAGAGAGAGAGAAAGAGAUAUACAUGUAUUAAUUAUUUAGCCGCAUCUUCUCCCCCGUGACGACUGAAAUAUUCCUUCUAAGUACACCGCGCGACGCCUUUCCCACGCUCAGUCGACCAAUUAGAUUUUGAAUCCCUGGUCUCGCAUACAUUGUUUAUGCGCCUCGAUGAGUUUCGUGCAGUUUUCCUCGCCAUUUUCCACAAUGCUACAAAAAACAAGAGAUGCAUUCAAUAUGUAUAUGUAGUUGCGUCAUGUGGCACGGUGUCAAAAUUGCACACUCACCAUUGGUCACGUGCACGUUUCGUCUCGGGACAAGCGCAGCAUGCCUUGCAUUUCGGUUUAUCGCCGGCGGCAGCGGUAUCCGUAACUUUGGCUGCAGUCGCUGCGGCGGUUUCCACAACUCCGACUCCAUGUGAUGUGUUGCUGCCCAUUGUGUUGUGUUGUUUUGCGAAUCGAAUUGAUGAAUGACUAGCACUAGAAAUAACACUCUCACUGUU